AUGGCUAGUGGUUCUAGCACUGAACUCAUGACGGACGAGGAAUAUAAGCAGAAAGUCGAGAAUUCAGUUGGGCCCGUUGUGGUCACUUUCCUUUCCCCGUUGGACGACAAGUGCAAGGCUGUCGCCUGGAAGAUCGAGGAGCUGAGUGACGAGUUCACAAGCGUCAAGUUCUACCGAGUCGACGUCAGAAAGCACGUCAUGCUCUCCAGAGCCCUUUCCAGCACAGAAUUGCCCAUCGUUGUCUUUGUCAAGAACGGCACAGACGUUUUGACACUAGCCUCAGAUGUUUCCCUUCCAAGAAUUCGGGAAGGCCAGCGCUGUUCUCAAUCUACAUGGGUCCGCAGGUUCUAG